AUGGUAGUUGUCGACUCCAAGAUUGUGGCUAGGACAGCGAGGUUGCUGUUGCGGCCGCUUGCGAUGGAGGAUGCGGAGGAUGUGCUCUUGAUGCACCAAGAUGCAGAGGUUAUGAAGCACACCUCCCUCCUCCCCUCGGCUGACCUCGCCAAAACACGCGCCUGGAUACACGGCUGUCACGCAUCCCCCAUAAACUGGAACUUCGCAAUCGAACUUCUGCCCUCGGCUCUUGCUUCGAACCCUUCUACCGAUCCACCCAACAGUCCUCCCAAGACGCCUUUAACAUCCACCUUCCCAGCAUUCCCUCCUUUAGACACGACGGCGACGACGACGCUUCAGUACACACCCCGAGUCAUCGGACUUAUAGGCGCAGUCCGCGCCCCAGAGAUAGGCUACAUGUUCCACCCCUCAUAUUGGGGCUAUGGCUACGCCACUGAAGCCCUGCGUGCCUUUUUGCCGCUGUUCUUUGCUCAUUUCGAUGCCUCGCAAACGGCUUCUAUUCCACCGAACCCUGACGACCCCACCGACUCCCGUCCAGAGGACAGGACGAUUCCAACAGAGCCAGUCGAAAGGUUCGACUACGCUGAAGCACAUACCGACACCGAACAUGUCACCAGCCACAAUGUAUUGCGCAAGGCUGGGUUUGAGGUGUAUGAGACGCGAUUCAAAGACUUUGAGAAUCCAGUCUUGGGGUGGCGGGAUACCAUCGUCUGGCGGGUGCACCGAGGGGACGUCACGAAAGGGAAUACAGACAUGCGACCUUGA